GCAGCACCUCGGUUCGUCUCUCUUCUCUCUGGAAACAUGAAGAUUGAUUUUGCCCCUCUGGAUACCCCGCUCCACAGGAGGCUGCAGACAGCCGCGGUGCUGCAGUGGGUCUACUCCUUCCUGGCCCUGGCACCCACCUGCAUCGUGCUCUUCUUCUACCUGCUCUUCACUCGUUUCUGGCUCAUCAGCGUGCUCUACGUGGUCUGGUGGUACAUCGACUAUGACACUCCAGCACGAGGAGGCCGCAGGGUACCCUACCUGUGUGGUCUCAAACUCUGGGACUACAUGCGGGAUUACUUCCCCAUCAAGAUGAUAAAAACUGCUGACCUGGACCCUAAGCACAACUACGUCCUGGGUUUCCAUCCUCAUGGUGUUUUGGUGGCAGGUGCUUUCACCAACUUCUGCACGUAUGCCACGGGUGUCAGACAGCUGUUCCCUGGACUCACCACCUACCUGCUCAUGCUGCCCCUCUGGUUCAGAGCCCCCUUCUUCAGAGACUACAUCAUGUGUGCAGGUCUGAUUCCUUCAGAUAAAGACAGUGCCAUUUAUCCACUGUCUAAAAGCAAAGGAGGAAACGCUGUCGUCAUAGCUGUUGGAGGAGCCCCUGAGGCUCUGGAUGCUCAUCCCGGUACCUUCAAUGUCCUCCUGGCCCAGAAGAAAGGCUUCAUCAAAAUGGCCAUGGAGCACGGGGCUCAUCUGGUGCCGGUCUUUUCCUUUGGGGAGAAUGAAGUGUUUGAUCAGGUUGAAAACCCACGAGGCACCUGGCUGAGAUGGACACAGGAGAGGCUGCAAAGCGUCAUGGGUAUUUCGCUACCUCUCUUCCAUGCACGUGGUGUGUUCCAGUACACAUUUGGUUUGAUGCCCUACCGGAAACCUAUCCACACAGUAGUUGGGCGGCCGAUCAGGGUGGAGAAGAACCCGAAGCCAACAGCAGAGGAACUGGAUGCCCUCCAUCAGCUCUACAUGGACGAACUCAGCAACCUGUUUGAUGAGCACAAAGAGAACUAUGGCGUGGACAAAGACACGCACCUGAACUUUGUCUGACGUGACUGACUCAUGAUGGGGGGAUUCAAUGCAUAUUUAUUUGUAAAGCUGUGGUGCUGCAGGCUCAUGUAAUUUACCUUCUGAUUAGCUCUGUAAGCCUCAGUCUGCUCUCAACACAGUCUGUUUGUUCAAGAGAAUAAACUCAACAUCCUGCUGUC